AUGGUACCUCUGCUUUCUCCCACUCUCGAGCCAGCCUUCGCCGUCGCAAUUCCCAGGAGAAAACUUAGACUUUCAUCGCUCCCUCGGCGUGCGUCGGCGUCGGCGUCGGCCUCGGCUGGGGCAUCCACCAUGUACGAUCUCCUAUCGGUGGCGGAGACGGCGGGGCCGGAGGAGAUUAAGGCGGCGUUCAAGAUGCAGGCGCGGCGGUGGCACCCGGACGCCUGCCGCAGGGCCGGGGAGGAGGACGCCUUCGCCGAGCGCUUCAAACUCGCGCGCGAAGCCUACGAGGUGCUCUCGGACCCCGAACUCCGCCGGGAGUACGACCACCUGCUGCUCUUCUCCGACGGAUGGGUCCCGGUCGGCGGCUCCCGAGGGGUCGUCCCCCGGCGCAACCGGGAACGCCACACGGGGUUCGGAGACUGGGAAAGCCAGCUGAAUGGUCUGUCGAGGAGGCGGGAGCCGUGGUGGGCGGCGGCCAGCGCGGCGGGGCGGAGGAGGGCAGCUGCCGGCGAGGAUGAGAGCUGGGGUGGCCGCUGCAGGAGGGCCCACGCGGCGGAGACUUCCGAGUGA